GAGGUGGCAACUCAUUGUCGUCACCGUACACAUAAUUACGGGACGCAGCCCCAAGCCCUACUCAUUUUAACAAUUUUCAUUUCCUCUCUAUUGAAUUUGCUCAUUCGCCAAACAUCGUUUUCUCUCGCGACAGAUUCAGAAUUAAUAUCUCUCACAGGAUGUCAGAAGCACCUUUUCGACCACGUGAGCAGCUGCUUGAGAAACAGAAAUAUUUCCAGAGCAUCCAGAAGCACACAUACUUGAAAGGACGAUAUGAUAAGAUUACCUCUGUUGCCAUUCCUUUAGCUUUGGCGGGCACCUCAUUGUUUCUCAUUGGACGAGGGAUCUAUAAUAUGUCUCAUGGGAUUGGGAAGAAAGAAUGAGGAGGCCUCCUGUUUGAUGAUAUUUUAAAGGAUCAUUUGCUCUUGCACAUGCACUAGUGUUGUUUCUAAAGUUCUUUUGUUUUGUGCCUCCAAUAAUUGCAUAUUUGCAGACUUGUAGCCACCAGUGGAAGCUGACACUUCAAACUGUUGAGUGUUGAUGGCUUUAUUUUCCAAGUCCUUAAUAUUGCAUUAUUGAAUCCCAAGGUCGUUGAAUUUUGCUUA